UUACAAAAUGUACAAGCCUAAAAUGUUUCGGAUGACAACGCAAUUAAUUGUUUCGUAUUAAUUAUAUAUUACAGACAUUCCAGCUGACGCAAUUCUGGAACUAUUUGGCAAGACUUUCUUCGAGUUCUGUCAAGAUUCCGGCUAUGAUAAAAUUCUUCAAGUACUGGGUGCUACUCCGCGUGAUUUCUUGCAGAACCUGGACGCUCUCCACGAUCACUUGGGCACCCUCUAUCCAGGCAUGCGGGCUCCAUCUUUCCGCUGCACGGAAAGGCCAGAAGACGGUGCUUUGGUCCUGCAUUAUUACUCUGACAGACCAGGCUUGGAACAUAUUGUCAUCGGAAUCGUUAAGACGGUGGCCAGCAAACUUCACAACACAGAAGUCAAAGUAGAGAUCCUGAAGUCUAAGAAGGAAUGCGACCACGUACAGUUUCUGAUCACCGAGACUUCUAACAGUGGAAAAGUGUCUGUUCCUGAAAUUGCUGAGAUUGAAACACUUUCACUUGAGCCAAAAGUGAGUCCAGCUACAUUCUGCCGAGUAUUUCCAUUCCAUCUCAUGUUUGAUCGUGAACUGAAUAUCAUUCAAGCUGGACGUACUGUGUCCCGUCUUCUACCAAGGGUUACUAGACCUGGUUGCAAGAUCACUGACGUUCUGGAGACCGUUCGUCCGCACUUGGAGAUGUCGUUUUCAAACGUACUGGCACACAUUAAUACAGUAUACGUGUUGAAGACCAAAUCUGAAGAAAUGAUCUGCGACCCCCAUGAGGAUAUAGCGUCACUUCGUUUAAAGGGACAAAUGCUGUAUAUUCCUGACACUGAUGUUAUAGUGUUCCAAUGCUAUCCCAGUGUUACCAACCUUGAUGAUCUAACUCGGCGUGGUCUGACUAUUUCUGAUAUUCCCCUGCAUGACGCUACUCGUGACCUUGUGCUCAUGUCAGAGCAAUUCGAAGCUGACUACAAACUGACUCAGAACUUGGAAGUCCUCACCGACAAGCUACAGCAGACCUUCAGGGAACUGGAUUCCGAAAAACAGAAAACGGACAGGCUGCUCUACUCCGUGCUACCAAUUAGCGUAGCUACCGAGCUCCGUCACCAACGUCCUGUGCCAGCUCGUCGCUAUGACCCUGUCACUUUGCUCUUCAGCGGCAUUGUCGGUUUUGCCAACUAUUGCGCCAGAAACACCGACCAUAAAGGAGCCAUGAAGAUCGUCAGGAUGCUGAAUGAUUUGUACACCACUUUCGAUGCAUUAACCGAUCAGAAACGUAAUCCUAAUGUCUACAAGGUCGAGACAGUAGGUGAUAAAUAUAUGGCUGUAUCUGGUCUACCAGAAUAUGAAGAGGGACAUGCUAAGCAUAUUUGUCUCCUCGCUUUGGAUAUGAUGGAUCUUUCUCAGACCGUCACCGUGGAUGAAGAACCUGUUGGUAUUACUAUCGGCAUACACUCUGGCGAGGUGGUAACAGGGGUGAUCGGGCAUCGAAUGCCUCGCUACUGCCUCUUCGGUAACACUGUCAACUUAACCAGUCGCUGCGAGACCACUGGUGUCCCUGGCACUAUCAAUGUCAGUGAGGAUACUUACAGCUACCUGAUGCGCGAUGACAACUAUAACGACCAGUUCGAGCUGACUUACCGUGGUCACGUGCAGAUGAAGGGCAAAGCUGAACCCAUGCAGACUUGGUUCCUAACUCGGAAGAAGAAGGCUUAAGUAAAUGAUACUGGAAAAAGUCAAGGCGUUAAACAAGAGCUACAAUGUAUGACGUCAUACAAUCACAACUAGAAAAUCUUGUUUCGGGCUAAAGAAAUUUAUAUAAAAUUAUAUGUAAUUAUAUGUAAUAUGUGUUGUGCCUAAAAGUCUAUCUUUAGAGUAUUUGUUGUACUAUAAGUGCCAGUGUAAAGCACCGUCUACACGGGUGAGUUUCUGAUUUGCGCGGAACAUCGUUUUACGUUAUAUAACUUACCGUGUGGACAGGUCUUAGGGCGCGUUCCCGUUAUGUCAUGACGUCAGAUAGUCGUGCAGUUUAAAGUGUCGUGGUUUGUAUUAUAUGAAGCUGUUCACACAUUGAACAACACGAUUAACUGUCGUUCACAACUUUUUUGGCGUUAAGACGACAGACUGUCUUGACAAUCGGAAGAGCUAGAACGACAGUCGUCUGACGAUAAAUAAAACGCCACGAUAAAAAUGUGACGAAAGAUAAUCGCAGCUUCAAAUGAUUCUGUCGUGCAAACGGUAAGGCGGCUGCCGUGAAUCGAUGAAUUGUCGUCACGUCGUCUAGUUGGAACAGCUAGACACGACAGUCGUCCAACGAUAAAUAAAAUGUUGCGACAUAAUGAGAACGCGCCCUUAGAGGUACAUUUCCUAAACUAGAAAUUUCGCUCCAUAGUCAGGAGCAUUAUAUAUAUUAUAUAUGUAUACAUGUAGAGAGAAUACUAUUUAAUUUUACUAACAUAGUCCAUAAAGGCACAUGUUUAAUAGGAUUAUUAUUAUACAAAAACUGUAGUAAACAUUUCUGAGAUCAUUUUCAUAGUUACGCGCUUUACUUACUAAUGCACGUGACUUACUUUAAGUAACUAUACUUCGUUUCAAUCCAUUUUAAACAAAAAGUAAACAAACAAGUCACUGACCUGACCAUAGACAGUUUAAUGAUGGCCAUUUUUACUGCCAAUUAAAAAUCAAAUAAUUAACUGUAUAAAUCGAUUUGUUUAAUUGAGUCAUACUAGCUGUUUUCGUUGGAUAACCUAUAUAAGCAUAUCUAAAUUUUCCGGAAUCUUAACUUCACAUCUUUCUUCAAAUCCCUACACUUAGAUACUCGUUCGAUGACGAUUGAAAUCAUCGAUUUACUAAUCGA